AUGACUUUUAAGAUUGACCUGGAAAAAGUAUACGAUAAGCUUAACUGGAACUUCAUCAGGUGGGUUCUUAAGGUGGCUAGAUUUCUUGCUUCCUUAAUCUCCACCAACAUGCAGUGCGUUCUGUCUUCUUCAAUGACAGUUCUGUGGAAUGGAGACAGAUUAGAACCUUUUCAACCCAGUAGAGGGGUGAGGCAAGGGGAUGAGGCCUUAGUCAGACAAUUACAGAAUAUUUUGGCUAUUAUUGACGUUUUCGGGAAAGUGUCUAGUCAGAAGGUGAAUUUGUCAAAAUCCUCAAUUUUUGUAUCCCCAAACACAUAUGCUUCUCUUGCUGCUGCACUCUCUAAGAUGGGUGGUAUUCCUAUUAUAGAAAAUCUGGGAAAAUACUUGGGUGUUCCUUCUUUUCAUGGUAAAAUAGGAUCAAAUACCGAUGAUUAUAUUUUGGAACAUAUGCGAGCACGAUUGGAGAGGUGGAAAGCAAAGACUUUGUCCAGGGAAAUGGAGAGAAUUUGUAAGAGUUUUAUAUGGCAUGGAGCUGGGGAGGACAAACGGAUCCAAAAGAUAUUCAAAGACCCAGAGUUGAGGAAGGCCUGGGGAUUUACAAGUGGAAGGCAUACCAUGGGAUGUCAUCUUUUCCCUGGUUAUCUGGUACAUUUGGAAGAACAGAAAUCCAAAGAUGAUGAUUAUUGUGUGAUCUUGAACACAGAUGGUAGUAAAACUAGAAAUCCUGGACCAGCUGCCUAUGCUGGUGUAUUUAGGAGUACCGAGGGAAGAUAG